CCCCUGAUUGCUAACGGUGGGCUCGUGUCUCCCACGUCCGUCCUGUGCUGUGUUUCACGUCGGUUUCGUCUUCAUAUACUCGGCUUUGAUACUUUCCCGGUCGGCAACAUCUGGCAGCAAGUGAGGUGUUUGCUCGUGUUGCAACACCACGUAUGUAGCAGCGGGCCUGGGCGAACGAUCACUGUGCCCCCUCCUCCCCCCGGUAAGGACGCAAAAGCUUGACGUGAGCGUGCAACGAUGCCACUGUUUGGUAAAUCGCAGAAAAGUCCACAGGAGCUGGUGAAGUCGCUGAAGGAGGCGGUCAAUGCGCUGGAGCGCGGCGAUAAGAAAGCGGAAAAGGCACAGGAAGAUGUGAGCAAGAACCUGGUGUCGAUCAAGAACAUGCUGUGCGGUACGGCCGAUGCCGAGCCGCAGACCGAGAUCGUCAUCUCGCAGCUGGCCCACGAGCUGUACAGCACCGAUCUGCUGCUGCUGCUGAUACAGAACCUGAACCGCAUUGACUUCGAGGGCAAGAAGGACGUGGCACACAUCUUCAACAAUGUGAUCAGACGCCAGAUCGGCACCCGACUGCCGACGGUCGAGUACAUCUGCACCAAGCCGGAGAUUCUGUUCACGCUGAUGGCCGGGUACGAGCAUCAGGAGAUCGCGCUCAACUGUGGCAUCAUGUUGCGCGAGUGCGCCCGGCACGAGGCGCUCGCAAAGAUCAUGCUCCACUCGGAGGAGUUUUUCAACUUCUUCCGCUACGUCGAGGUGUCCACGUUCGACAUUGCGUCCGAUGCGUUCUCCACGUUCAAGGAGCUGCUCACCCGCCACAAGCUGCUGAGCGCGGAGUUUCUCGAGCAGAACUACGACAAGGUGUUUAGCCGGUACGAGGCGCUGCUCAACUCGGAGAACUACGUGACGCGGCGCCAGAGCCUGAAGCUGCUCGGCGAGCUGCUGCUCGACCGGCACAACUUCACCGUGAUGACAAAGUACAUCUCCAACCCGGACAACCUGAAGCUGAUGAUGAACAUGCUGAAGGAAACGUCGCGCAACAUACAGUUCGAGGCGUUCCACGUGUUCAAGGUGUUCGUGGCGAACCCGAACAAACCGAAACCGAUCAUGGACAUACUGCUGCGGAAUCAGGAAAAGCUGGUCGACUUUCUUACCCGCUUCCAUACCGAUCGCUCCGAGGACGAACAAUUCAACGACGAGAAGGCUUACCUGAUCAUGCAGAUCAAGGAGCUAAAGCCCCAGACCCAAGAGGCCCAGCAGUGAUUGUGUGGUGGUGGAGAUGGUGGUGUUGACGUUGAAUGCAUGCAGCAUGUUUCAUCAACAAAGCUGAAACACUAUAAGCGGGAGCAGUUCUGUAGUUUUUGUGUGUGUGUUUUUUUUCUUUCGUUUUUUGGGUUCUUUUUUACGAAAAGCUUUGCGAACACUACUACGCCUUUGCUUAAAUAGAAAUAAAUGUUCUACAGUAGAAUAAAGAAAUUGAACGCUGGUUA